UGGGUUGUCACACAUGUUUAUCGAUGGCGAUACCAGCUUCCUUUCUGGAUUUCCUUUAAUAUCAGCAUAGGCAACCAAUGUGAUGUCGCGGCCGAGAUAUUUCAGUGUUCCAGACAUACCUCGACGGUUCCAUGCACGGUAAGUACACACAAAACUCUAAGCUCCCUUGGGUGGGAGGCUCCUGGUUUAUCUUUUUUUUUUUUUUUUUUUGAGAAGAGGCUCCUGGCUCCUGGUUUAUCGAGGCCCUCGCUGUGAGUUAAACGGGUGUUGGUCUCUCGGCAUGUACAACAACAUCUAGUCAGCCGUCUAUAACGCGUGACACGUGAUAUUUUUUCUUAGGUGGAAGAGAGAGAAUAAGGAGAGAGAAGGAGGCUGUGUGUAUUUGGCAGACGGUCUAAUCCCAGAAACUUCGCUACUUACCGAUAGGCGUUUUCCCGUUGUACGCUCAGCCCGUCGCUAAUCUGCUGUUUUUUCCGCCCAACCGCCGUAUCCGGAUGAUGCCCAGAUUUGUUUUCAGAUCCUAAUUUCGUGGGUGCUAUAGAUGUUUUCACUACUGUCUAUUGUUGACGUGGCGUAUUUGUUACAGACUCCAAGAUGUCUGAACUAAUGUACAUGCCUACCGAUUUGUUGUGGUUCCUGUCCUAUCAAAUCGUGGCGGCGGCGGUCACUCCGGUGAGCCGGGAGCGCGCUGCUCUUCGCCGCCUGCUUCUUCGACGGGAGGCGUUUCCUGCACUGACUCUUUGGUCUUCCGCUGGAUCGGUUUCUUUGGAGGGAGUCUGCGGGCUGGAUCGGCUGUUGGGUGUGCGUCCCCUGCGUCCUUCUUCAUCUUCCUGCUCGGAGGCGCUGAUGCGGGAGUGGGAGCCCGGUGUGGUGCCCGCGCCGCCGCAGCCGGCGAGCAGAGACAGUGCCAUGAGAAGCGGCGGCGCCAACGACGCAAGAAACAACACCGCCGGAAUUGCCUUCCGCGGCAUGGCUUCCCUCGCCUUCUGUCCCCGCCGAUGCUUUUCGCAUCAGGGGCAUCUCUGCCAGUACGGCCUCCCUGCUUAGUAUCUCUACUACCACAUCGCGUACGUGCCUGCUGGCAAUCAGAAUUUUUGUAGCUGAUGGCACGUCUAUUCUGACAGAACCGCUAUUAUUUCCGGCCAUACGUGCCCUGAUUCAGUGGUUGUGCAUGACCAAUCGGUACUUAAGGCAUGUACAAUGGUUGAUAAGAUAGUCUUAUCUUAACUCUUUCA